AUGUGUAUGUUUGUGAGUGUGUGUGGGUACCUCGGGCAUCUCUGGUUUCGCAGAGGGUGUUAAAUUACCCAAUGGGAGCUUUAAUAGAGCUAGAGACACUCUUGAUUGUGAGUCUGGGUGAGGGAGAGAUUGAAGGGAGGAAGGAGGAGCAGAGCGGAGCUGCCAGGCAGGAUUGAGAAGGAAACACAAGUUCUGCAGAGCCGGGGACGCCGAUUACACAGAGGACUGAAUCCAAAUGUAGCGUUCAGCUGCCUGAAUGAGAACCAGAAGGAGGCAGGCCCUGCCAGGAUCUACAGCGUGGCACUGGUUGUGGUGUCCCCUCUGUCUCCUGCACUCCAACCAGGCUGAUAGACGGAGCUGUGACCUGUGACAAGACAGGCAAUGGAGGUGCCGCUGGUUAAUUUUGAGAACAUGGAUGAUGUUGGCAUCAACUUGGGGGACCCAAGUGACUCUGGGUACCCGACUUCACCCCCCUCAGAGGCCCCUGAUCACAAUCUUUUAACCCAUCGCCUUAGUUCUCCUCACCAGUCGCCAUACAGAGGACGACGUCGGCAUCAGUCUGGCCAAGAAGGGUUGUCCCCAUCCACUCCUCCUUCUCUGACCACUAAAGCAAAGUCCAGCAGUGGCAGUUUGAUCUCUAAUCUGAAGCUCUUGAUCAACAGUGAGUCUCCCACUGACAGUGUCUUCAGUAAGAUGGCAAAGGAUUGCUACGAGAAUGAAGAUGUGUUUGAAAAGCACUGCAUUGAAGAAAAAGACGAGAAAGUUGUCAUCAAUAUUUCAGGUCUGAUGUUUGAGACCCAGCUCAGCACCCUGAAUAACUUUCCAGAGACACUGCUCGGUGACCCCAUGAAGAGGAUAAGAUACUUCGACCCAAUGAAAAACGAGUACUUCUUUGACAGAAACCGCCCGUCUUUUGAUGGCGUUCUGUACUUCUAUCAGUCAGGGGGGAGAAUUCGUAGACCGGCCAAUGUUCCCUUAGAUGUUUUCGCGAAUGAAAUGGUUUUCUAUGAGCUGGGUCAUGAAGCAAUGGAGCAGUUCCGUGAAGAUGAAGGGUUUGUCAAAGAGCCAGAGGUCCUUCUGCCCACCAACGAACUCAAACGGCAAUUCUGGCUACUGUUUGAAUACCCGGAAAGCUCCAGUGCAGCCAAAUCCGUCGCUCUGGUUUCUGUGUUUGUCAUCGUCAUUUCCAUUGUCAUCUUCUGUCUAGAGACUCUGCCAGAGUUCAGGGAAGACACUGACUUUGCCCCGAGUUUUACCCAACUCAUCAACGGGACCCAAGGCGGUUCUGCCCCUCAUCCCGCCACUAAAGACGUGUUUGCGUAUUUAACAGACCCCUUUUUCAUUGUGGAGACUAUUUGCAUCAUUUGGUUCUGCUUUGAAGUCGGUGUCCGUUUUGUGGUGUGCCCCAGCAAAAGGGAUUUCUUCAAUAACAUCAUGAACACCAUUGAUAUAGUCUCUAUAAUUCCCUACUUUGUUACCCUUGGAACAGAGCUGGCUACAACCCCUGAUGAUGAUAUGAACUCCAGUCAGAACAUGUCCCUGGCAAUCCUAAGAAUUAUCCGUCUAGUGAGAGUCUUCAGAAUUUUUAAGCUCUCCCGACACUCGAAAGGGCUUCAGAUCUUGGGGCAGACCUUAAAAGCCAGCAUGAGGGAACUUGGGCUGCUCAUCUUCUUCCUUUUUAUAGGAGUCAUCCUAUUCUCAAGUGCCAUCUACUUUGCAGAAGUGGAUGAGCCCCAGACGCAGUUUGUCAGCAUCCCUGACGGCUUCUGGUGGGCUGUGGUGACAAUGACCACUGUGGGAUACGGAGACAUGUGCCCCAUCACAAUCGGAGGCAAAAUGGUCGGCACCCUCUGUGCCAUUGCUGGUGUCCUGACCAUCGCCCUGCCCGUCCCUGUCAUCGUCUCCAACUUUAACUAUUUUUACCACCGUGAGACUGAGCAGGAGGAGAAACAGGUGAUGGAUGCGGCGGCAGAGGCUGCUCAGAAAACGUCAGCUGCAAACAAAUAUGGAAGCACACCUUCGCUAAACAAAAGUAACGGCAACUGGCAAAAUGAGAAAAAUGGCACACACUGUUAGAGAAAGUAUUUCUAUACAUAAAGGGCGUGGAAAAACACAUCUAACAUAUAGACAAAUCUAACAUAUCCAGUAGUGAGAUGCACUGCGGCUAUAUUAGCUUGUUUCUCACUAUUUUGUACUCCAAACAUGGGAACAUGUUUGCAUAUUAUGACAGUAUUAUUAGGCCCUGUGUGGUGAGGCAGUCUUUAUACAAGUUGUCUGUCUGCUUGUGGAUGUGUCAAAGUGCAAUUAACACAACUCAGCAAUUACUCUGUCUGAUCAACUUCAAGAGAAGAACUGAAAGGUACAAUCAUCAUCUUUCAUCCAGUGCAUUUUGAAGAAAAGUGUCAUGGCUCAUUUGUACUAUAGACAUUUCUUCACCUUGAAAAUGUAGACUGUUGGGAUAAACAAGUGCAAAGGCAAAGCAAGUUGUAAGUUAAACCAAAAUAUCCUUGAGGGUCUUAAAUAACAGUAAGUUUAUCCCACAAAAGAAAAUAAAAACGGUUAUGAUAAUCAGAGGAUUUAAACUGGAAGUAUACUCAGAGUUCAUAUUACAUCAGUUAAUCACUUGUCACUGUCAUAAUCAGCAAAACCAAAAUAGAACUUGUCACGAUUUUAAAGGGCGGGCAAAUAGUGUUAGGCAAGAGGACAGGAGCGCACACAUUGUCUUAUUAGCAAAACCUGUGACACAGCGUAACAAUAUCUGUGUGAUAAGCAACUUUUCCACAGCAGGGACUUUCCCCAGGGUCUGCAGUAGGAACGUUUUGAGGAACUCGUUGCAUUUUUACCGCAGGGACCAGGGUCUAAAUUAAGUUCUGGGGCCUUUUUACCCCCUAAAAAUAUUCCUUAAUAAAUAAACAGUUGGCAUGUCUGCUAUUAGUCUUGUAGAUAGGCAAAAUAUAAAUCUCCAUUAAGAUUUUCUGUAGUAUAAUACAUACAGCAGUUGUAUGCAGCUUUUAAAAUAAAAGGUUAUUUUUAGCUACAAGGUUUAAUUUUUACUAUUUGGUGUUUUGCACCAGACCUAAUAUUGUUAUUAUAAUAUGAAUGUAUGCUUUUAAAACCAUAUCAAUUUGUGACACUGAACAUUUAUUCCCACAUAUCUCUUGAGGACUUUCGGAGCUUUACACUAUAAGCUGUUGGCAGGAAAAACACAUUUCUCAGAGUGUCUAAUGUGAGUGUGAGAUGAGGUAUAUAUUUGUGAUCAGACUGAGAGAAUCGAGGAGAGGGCAUAGACAACAACAAUACCUUUGCACUGUUUUAUUUGAUAAUACCUCAAUUUACCCUUGUUUCCUCAUUUGUAUUGCAUGGCAUAGUGUGCCGAAAUGAGUUUGAACUCUUAUUAUCAGUUACUGAAAGUUUGACAUAUUUAUUGUACCUAAAAAUAUUAGUCUUUCAAUCAUAUAGUGAUUAUCAUUAUAUUCAACGUGAUAGGGAGAGCCAAAACCACAACUGGAUUUGUGAAAUGAUGACAACAAAUGAUGAACUUUGUGUCGGGAAAAUUGGUACCAUAUAUGCAUGCCACGUUUCAAUCUUGAAAAUGUACUGUAUGUGAGUUUAGUAUACAUAUAAAUAGAGCUUGUAUAGAAAUGACAAUGGAUGUAGUUUUAACACAAUCAAUGCCUUCCCCACAAUAUGCAAUAAUGAUGAUGUAUGGGUGGCAAAAACAAUUAUGUUUUUUUUUUCACCCAAUGGAAAGAGCAAUACUUUAAUUAAUUAAAAUGAAAUGCAAUAAGGUGACAUUGGUUAGUCACGUCAGCACUUUACUAUGUUAUGGAGCACUUCAUACUCGAGGACUGUUACUGUACAGUAUGUGUCAACAUUGUACAAUAUACAGUGUCGUAAUGUUUUAUUUAUCCUGUAAAGAGUGCCUUUCAUUAAAGAUGUAUCCUAACUGU